AUGCCCAGCGGCGCUUGGAUGCAGCCACGAGAACAUGACGCCGCCGCCGCCGCCCUAGCCGCCCGCCUGGGCCAGCCGGGCCAGCCCGAGAAGCCGUGCGCCGACUCGGAGCGGGCGCAGAGAUGGCGUUUGUCGCUGGGCUCGCUGCUCUUCUUCGCCGUCCUCCUUUCCGACCGCCUGUGGAGUUCGGCCAUGGCGGAGCCGGGGGCCGCCCUGCCCGGAGGGCCGCGCAACCGGAGCGCCGAGGGCCCCGCCCCGCCGGGCCCCCCGCACUGCGCCGCCGCCGCCGCCACCGCGGCCCCGCGCCCGGACCUGAGCUCGGCCUGCUCCCAGCGGCGCCUCUUCCAGCAGGGCUCCCUGGCCGCCUUCGCCGCCGUGCCUCUCAGGCUGCCCGCGGCCGCCGCCCUCGCCGCCGCCGCCGCCGCCUCUCCCCAGCUGGACUUCCUGGAGGGCCACUUUCGGACCUUUCGCCUCCCUUUUUGUGACGCUUACACGGCCUGGGACUUGCUGCUCGGCAUGGCCGGCCCGGAGAGUUUGGACUGCAGCUUGUCCAACCUGCUGAUGGAUUUCCUGUCGGCUGCUGCGGGAGCCCAGCGCGGGGAGGCCUGCAGCAGCUGCCUGGAGGCGUAUCAAAGGCUGGACCAACACGCUCAGGAAAAAUACGAGGAGUUCGAGCUUUUGCUGGAGAAAUACCUGCAGGCCGAGGAUUAUUCUGUGCGCUCCUGCAUCAGAGACUGCAAGCAGCCCUGGUCAGAAUUUCUUGGGAAGGACGUAGAUUGCCAUCAGAGUUUUCCUCAGUGA